GACGACUGUGCUAGCGUCCAAAAGAAGAAGCUAGCCGCUAGUGGCUAGCCAUUUCAUUUUUUGCUGUAUUUGUGGGACACCUUCGCCGUUUAAUUUCUCGGUUUACUUUACCCGUAAUUUUUUGUUGUUACAUUGUUUAUAAAUAUACAGUUGGAGAAACAUUUCCGUGUGUUCCUACUGGAAUAAGAUGGUCGUUUUGACAGAUAGCAAUGAAGAACAGGAUUAUAUCCUGAUCGAGGAGCGUAAGUGCUCUUCACUGCCCUGCUCUCCUGCCAAGCGAGUGUCACCUGCCAAAAAGAAGCAUUUCUGCAUCCAAGCCGCCCGCAACUCUGACCUCAUCCCCCGUGCCAAAGGCAAAAAGAGCCUCCGUCGACAGGAGAACACACUCUAUCUUGCCAACCUUCUAGAGAAGGAUGAGUGCUCCAAAGACGACCUGGAGGUCGGCAGUCAUCCUGCCAUUCCGUCCAUCUUCACUGAAGCCUGCACCAAUGAAAACUACAUUGAGCCAUGGAACGACUUCAUGAACUGCUCCGGUGAGGAGCAGGAGAGGCUGCUGUCUCUACUGGAGAAGGAAGGAGCCAAGAGGAAACUUCACGGCCAGCCUCUAAAAGACCAGAGGAAUGUAAAUCCUGCCUUCAAAGCUCAGGACUGCUUCCAAAGAAUCGAUCGUAGACUUCGAGCCACUCUGAGGCGGAAGCAGAUUCCUAUGGGAACGCUUGAAGUCCUGGAGGAAAACCUUCUGAGCUUUUUCAUGGCGGAGCCUCGCUCAGUUUACACAACCCACCUCAGCAGCAGUUUUGAACGACUGCUGCUUCAUGCCAUCUGCCAGUAUAUGGACCUCGUCUCUGCAAGCACCAACUCCAAAGGCUCGCGUCAGACGGAGGUGGUGAACAAGCAGGAGGAGUUUCUGCCUCCGUCACUUCUGCUGUCUGCCUACCUGGAGCAGCUGAGCUGAGACCGGGAUCCGGAAUGUUCUUCAGGAAGUGGAGCUCGGAUGUCCUCAAACAUGAUCUCUGCAUAGUCUCAAAGUCAGUUUUAAACUCAUUUCCACCCAUAGGCACGAUAAGCAAGAUGAUUAUGGCUUGUUAGUAUGUGUUGUAGUAGUGCAGGUUUGCUGAUGGUUUAUUAGCUGUUUUUAGUCGUAAAAUGAAACAGGUCUCAAAGCAGCACAGACGUCAAAAUGUUUUCAUUUAUACAAAAAGUUAGUGUUUAUGUCACAAAGUUGUCGCCUCUUGACGACAGAUGAAAUCGAGAAAUCACAUGAGUUUGGUUGUUUUACGGUUUAAUACAUCAUGAAUAUGUUUUUUAAACUUAUAACAGCAUAAAGUACACAUUCUUGUCAGAUCCUUUAACGAAAUACUGUAGUUGAACUUGACUAAUAUCUGCUGGCACAAACUCUGGACUGGAAUCGCCUCCUUCCCUUCAGCGUGUUCGGUUUACUACUUCAAACAUCACUGCCUGAGAGACUCGGCCGCCUGGUGCGAAGCUUGAACGCCAUCUUCCUCUGCGCUCAAUGGUUGCUUGAGAUUUAAAGUUACCUUCUCACUAUUUCUGUGGUCUAGAAACGGAUUGGUUUGGCUUGACGACACACGACUUUCAAAUACAAGUUUACACUUCAGCCUGUGUUGCGUAACGUAUGGACGGAGCAACAACGUGGUCACAGUUUAACCACUGCCACACGUGUUUGAACUGCCUUUAAGCAUGCGUCUGCGCAGACCCAGCAGUUCAACUGCAUGUUCUUCACACAGACUACUUUAAAUGAAACUGCAUUAUGGUUGAACAAUAUACUGUACAGUGUGUACAGUAGAGGUGUUAUACAAACGGAGACACUUGUUUUUUCUUAAUAUCUCAGAGUAAUGUUACCAACAGCAGAAUAAACACAAACGCACUUCUGCCUUAUGAACACAAACUUCUGUUUUUUAUUGUUUAUAGUUCUCUCUACUUGAUCAAGUUUGGAGAUGCAGGAUGUUUUGUUCUUUUUCAUUAAUUUUAUUGUUUAAACUGACAUUAACAGUUUAAUGAAACUUGACAUGUUGGUGCAUUUCACCAUCAACCAAAGUUUUGUGUGUUUGUUGCGUGGAUGUCCAACUUCUCAGGCUUUAAAUUCUUCACUCUGAAUGUCAUGUAUGGAUUGUUUUUUUCUGUCUACGUACUCUGUGCUCUCUUGAGAUGACCUCGUCAGGUUUGUGCUCUCCGGAGCUUUGCCAACAAUUUAAGUGCAAGCAGUUACGCUGUAAAUAUUUAAUCAAUUUUUUUUUUUGUUUGUUUGCCAAAAUUUGAUUUGAAUAAGUGCUUAAUAGUCUAAAAGCUUUAUACUCUUUACUGAAGCAUCUUUGUGUAUUUAUGAUUGCAUAUUUAUAGUCAUCACAACUAUUAAAGAAAUUAAAAUAUU